AUGGAGGGGAACAUGAUUACAGCAGGGACCGGAACCGGAGCUGGCGCUGUAACCAUGGUAACAGGUCCCACUGGCACCCCGGACCUCCAGGUUCUGACCCACAGAGUGAAGCUUCUAGAGCACAGCUUGAGAGACAACGUCAGCUCCUUCACUGAGUCAGAGAGCGCUCUGCACAACAGGUGAGGAGUAGGUGACAGAGAGACAGGGAUCACGUAUCACACAGCUACGACAUAUGGCCACAACCAUAUCACAUUGCACAUGUCCUGUUGUGCGAACAUGCAGCUUACCACACAGCAUUUUGCGUAGUAACAGACUAUUGGUUACCUCUUAGCAUGAUAUCACUGUUUGUGAGGUUUAUUUCAAACUUUCCAGUCAGUAAGGUAUGUGUGCACACUUGUACUUUCUCUUGGACUGAUGACAGGCAAAAACUAUUUGACAGUAAGAGGUCUCAUCUCUGUUGAAUGCUAAUGUAAUCCUAUGCUAGUCAUGUAAUGGUAUGCUAAUCAUGCAAUGCUAUGCUAACCAUGUAAUGCUAUGAGAAUGUCAUGUGAUCUAAUGAGUCACGUCGUCCUACUAUGCAGGAUCAGAGAGUUGGAAGUGUCAGAGCAGAGACUCCUACAGAAGGUGGAGGACCUCACUGCCAACUCAGUCCUCCACUGUCCCAGCAUGCCGCAGCGCCAGAGGCUAGACGAGCGGCUCCACGCACUCAGGGAGGAGGUACGCUCCAUGGUGAGAGACAUAAUUGAGAUUUACAUGAGCUUCAAUGAGGCAUAGCAAACAUACGAGUAAGCCUGUUGUAACUCAAGUAGUGUAAGCCUGUUAUAACUCAGGUAAUAGUGUAGUGUAAGCCUGUUGUAACUCAGGUAAUAGUGUAGUGUAAGCCUGUUAUAACUCAGGUAAUAGUGUAGUGUAAGGCUGUUGUAACUCAGGUAAUAGUGUAGUGUAAGUCUGUUGUAACUCAGGUAAUAGUGUAGUGUAAGUCUGUUGUAACUCAGGUAAUAGUGUAUUGUAAGUCUGUUGUAACUCAGGUAAUAGUGUAGUGUAAGUCUGAUGUAACUCAGGUAAUAGUGUAGUGUAAGCCUGUUAUAACUCAGGUAUUAGUGUAGUGUAAGGCUGUUGUAACUCAGGUAAUAGUGUAGUGUAAGCCUGUUAUAACUCAGGUAUUAGUGUAGUGUAAGCCUGUUGUAACUCAGGUAUUAGUGUAGUGUAAGUCUGUUGUAACUCAGGUAAUAGUGUAGUGUAAGUCUGUUAUAACUCAGGUAUUAGUGUAGUGUAAGUCUGUUGUAACUCAGGUAAUAGUGUAGUGUAAGCCUGUUGUAACUCAGGUAAUAGUGUAGUGUAAGCCUGUUGUAACUCAGGUAUUAGUGUAGUGCAAGGCUGUUGUAACUCAGGUAAUAGUGUAGUGUAAGCCUGUUGUAACUCAGGUAAUAGUGUAGUGUAAGUCUGUUUUAACUCAGGUAUUAGUGUAGUGUAAGCCUGUUGUAACUCAGGUAGUGUAGUGUAAGCCUGUUGUCAGUCAGGUAGUGUAGUGUAAGCCUGUUGUAACUCAGGUAAUAGUGUAGUGUAAGGCUGUUGCAACUCAGGUAAUAGUGUAGUGUAAGCCUGUUGUAACUCAGGUAAUAGUGUAGUAUAAGUCUGUUGUAACUCAGGUAUUAGUGUAGUGUAAGGCUGUUGUAACUCAGGUAAUAGUGUAGUGUAAGUCUAUAACUCAGGUAAUAGUGUAAUGUAAGUCUGUUGUAACUCAGGUAAUAGUGUAGUGUAAGUCUGUUGUAACUCAGGUAAUAGUGUAGUGUAAGCCUGUUGUAACUCAGGUAAUAGUGUAGUGUAAGUCUGUUGUAACUCAGGUAAUAGUGUAGUGUAAGCCUGUUAUAACUCAGGUAAUAGUGUAGUGUAAGCCUGUUAUAACUCAGGUAAAAGUGUAGUGUAAGUCUGUUAUAACUCAGGUAAAAGUGUAGUGUAAGCCUGUUAUAACUCAGGUAAAAGUGUAGUGUAAGUCUGUUAUAACUCAGGUAUUAGUGUAGUGUAAGUCUGUUGUAACUCAGGUAUUAGUUUAAUUUAAUGUAUUGUACUUUAUUGUAAGUAUAAGAAGAAGGAGAAUGUGCAUGUAUUAUAACUCUAUUGUAGCUCAGGUGCAUGUCAGACGUUAUUGUAAUCGCUCUGUCUCUGUCCCAGUCCCAGGAGAAGGAGCGUGGGGAUCGCGUGUGGAGGGAGAGGCUGCAGCGCUGCCAGGCCCAGCUCAGGGCUAAAGAAGAGGAGAUGGGCCGCCAGUCUCAGUACUUUGAGCACUUUAAGAGCCAGCUGCACCACAAGCUAGGCCUGGCUAGAGACAGAGAGCAGGGCCUGCAGACCAGACUCCACCAGCUGGAGAGACCGGUGCUGGAGAUGAACGUAUCUGCUGCCACCAACAUAGCCCCUGUCAACACAGCUAGCAUCAACUCCGUUACUGCAGCCAAUGUCAACCCCAUCAUGGUACCAACCUCAGGCCAACAGAGACCAGAGACAGAGAGACUGCCCCACCCAAGGGAGGAAGGAGAAGGAGAGGAGGAGGACGAGGAGGAGAAUAAACAGUCGAGACACUAUGGACAACCGCUCCAGCAGAAGCAGGGAGCGGAUGAUAGAGAAAUAGAGGGUGAAAGAGAGGGGGAGGAAGGAGAAGAGGGUGAGAGUCUGGGGGGUGAGGCUAGACUGAGAAGCUUCAUCUUCAGCCUCCAGGAGGACCUCAGGGUUCUGCUGGAGAGGGAGGAGCAGGGGCUGGCAGAGCAGAGGGGGCUGAUGGAACAGCUGCAGGAAGUGCAGGAGAACAACCACUUCUUGUCCUGUACGUUGGAGGAGAUGAGGACGGUGGUCCACAGGCUGAAGCUGACAGAAAGCUCCCUGAUGGAGGAGGUGGAGGAGCUGCAAGAGGAGAACCAGAGACUGUGUCAGAGGCUCAGCCAGACCCUGAGACAGACCAACCACAGCCUGGGUUCUACUGACCCCAGCCUCAGCCCUGCCUCUACCCCUAGCCUGGCUACCUCCCUGCCAAACACCCCUGCCCUGGGUCAACCACUUCCCUGCUCUGUGGACAACACUGACCCGGUGAGUGAUGACAUUAAAGUUUAUGUGGAGGGGACUCUGUAAAUCAGUCUAAGAGUUGAAGAGUUAAGCCUCAAGAAAGGGAAUGAUUACGAUUAUAAGCAAACCUUAUUUUAGGAUUGUAAAAUGGAUUAUAAUGUGAGAUUAUCAAAGUGGAAUGUUAAUCUGAUUAACUACAGAGGAACUAAAGAGUGUGGCUGGCUUGUGUGUUUGAGACUGGGCUCUGCUUUGUAUUGAGUCUCUAAUAUUUAGUGUUCAUCGUCUCUGCAGGUGAAGGUGAUCCCAGGCCAGUCAUCACUAGACACACCUCCCUCUGCUCACCACCAUGGAGCAGCAGAGAGGUCACAGGAAAACUCCACUCUGCCUCUGCCCCGGCCGGACCUCCUGAACCUCUCAGGCCACCGUAGCCAGAACCCCGGCCUCAUAUCCCUUGGCACUAAGAGCAUUGAGGGUCUGGGGGAGUUGAGCCUGGGGGACUGGUAUCCUGGUCCUGGGGGCUUAACCUCUCUCAACCUGGAGGAGGGGACGAGUGAGGAGACUGAGGCCCUGAGAGAGGCUUACAGGAGCAUGGGGGGCGACAUGGACUCACUCCGGGACCACAGGGACCAGCUGGAGAGCACGCUACGACACACACAGGACCAGCUGCACAGGGUGACCGAGGAGAACGCCCAGCUGAAAUGUAAACUCAGGGAGCAGGGAGAAACAGGGUCCUGCGAGGUGGAGCAGGGGUCCUCAUUUGUAGGCAAGAGCAUGUCAAAUGUCCAGGAAAACAAGGUGCCAACUCAAAAUCUAAUACCCCAGGGUAGCAGAGAGCUCACUGCAACUCCAACCCAGAAUGAUACUAUCCUGUUCUUAGCCCAGGAUGACCUGUCUCUGUAUGCCUUGGCCCAAGAUGACCUAGCCCUAGCCUUGAACCAGGAGAACCGGGCCCUGGGCAGGCAUAUCCAGGAGCUCCUAGCCCACAUAGAGAGCCAGGAGGGAGAGAGUGAAAGGGAGCUAGUCCAGCUCAGGAUGCAGGUGUCCCUGCUAGAGAGGGAGAGCACCAGGCUGGAGCAGGAGAACCAGGAGCAGGGAAGUCUCAUCACCGAGCUGACCAGGAAGAGUGAGGAUGACCUCAACACUAUCAUAGACCGGCAGGAGAGACGGAUCAAAAGCAGUCAGCUAGGCCUACAGCAGGGUGACCAUGGUUUGACCACUGAGUCAGAGUGCGGUCAACAGGGUGAGCAUGCGGUUGGCUCAGUGUACGCUCAACAGGGUCAACCCACGGUUGGGUUUGUGACCAGUCUACAAAGUGAUCAGACGCCAGGGUCAGUGAAUAGUGGUGUAUUACAGGUUGACCACACGAUCGAGUCAGUGUGUGGUCAACAGGAGGACCGUUUGACCACAGAGUCGGUGUGCAGGCUUAGAGAGGAGAGGGACGAGCUGAUUGGCUCUCUCAGUGAUCUCAAAGAGGAAAGAGAACAGGUAGCCCUCUCACUCAGCAGUCAGACAGAGGAGAAACACCAGCUAACACGCUCCGUGUGGGUUCUGAAAGAAGAACGCGACCAGAUCCAUAAGUCACUCUGCGGUUUAAAAGACGAGAAAGAACAGCUGACAAGGUCCCUCUGUGGUCUGAAAGACAAGAGAGACAAGGUCAUGCGGUCAAUGUGUGGUUUAAAAGAGGAGAGAGACCAGCUAGUUCAGUCAAUGUCUGGACUCCAGGAGGAGAGAGACCAGCUAGUUCAGUCAAUGUCUGGACUCCAGGAGGAGAGAGACAAGCUCUCGCAGUCUCUCUUCAGUCAAAAAGAUGAGAGAGACCAACUAAACGAGUCACUCCGCGAACUAGAAAAAGAGAGAGGCCAGUUGAUGCAGUCAAUGUGUGGUUUAAAGGGACAGAGAGACAAGCUAACACAGACACUCAGCCGUCUAGAGCAGGAGAAAGACAAGCGGUCAUCUCUCUGCCUACAAACACAAGAGAGGUGCCAGGUGAACCAGUUUGUCUCUGAUUUAAAAGAAGAGAGAGAGCAGUUAGUUCAGUCAAUGGAUGUUCUGAGAGAACAGAGCGAAGAGCUCACAGAGGAGAGAGACCAGUUGCAGACGGACGUCGCUGCUCUACGGAAUAAGCUGCUGUUACAGGGGCGGAGCCACAACCAGCAGCCCUCAGAGAACCAUGUUGGCAUGGCAACAUGCACAGAGGGUGUGGCUACAGAGAGAGGUGAUGGUGAUGUCACUCAGAGAGGUCUGGCCACAGUCUACUCCUACAAGACUAUCUGUCUGGGGCAGUCUGCACAGGUAGGAGCGAAUCUUUGUACUUGUGUGAGUUGUUAUGUAUCUUGGCACUGAUUAAUUUCUGUCAGUAGGAGCGUGGCAGGGUUGUGUGAGUUAUAGCAUAUACCUGUAUCCAGGACCACUUGGGAGAGAAAGAGGGGACAGACGUGGAGCAGAGUGAACUGAUGAGGGAGAUUGAGUCGCUGGGGUUAGAACUCAGAACGUCACGAGAGGUACUGGAGAAGAGCCAAUCAGAGGUGAGCUCUUCUUUCUUCCUGUCUUCUUGGCCAAUCAGAGGAGAGGUCAGAGGUCAGAACCAUGACUAGACAGAAUCUGUGAUUGCAGGCUCAAAGGUGGUACCGUGAGCUGGGUGUGUCUGAGGUCAGACGAGAGGAGGCUGAGAAGAGGGCAGUACAGGCAGCCAAUGAGGUGAAGAGGAUGAGAGAGGGAACCAAGGAGGUGGAGGAGACAAAGAGGGAGAACCACACACUAAGAGCAGAGGUAUGGAUAGAGAAAGUAUCCCUCUCACUAACCACAGUAGUCAUGUCAUGAUAACCCACUGGCUGUGUCUGUUGUUAGUUGGGAGAGGUGAAGAGCAGACUAGCGAGUCUGGAGAGAGAGAAGACCGAUGCUCACUCAUUAAGGAUCAAGAUUGAAGAGAAGUUCAGCUUGCUUCAGGCUGAACUCAAAGCCAAGGUGUGUGUUGUGUCAGGCUGAAUUCAAAGCCAAGGUGUGUGUUGUGUCAGGCUGAACUCAAGCCAAGGUGUGUGUGUUGUGUUGACUAAUUAUUUAUAUGUGUGUACUGUAUACCUGAAUUUGUGAUUGUUCAUUCACUGAGAUCUGUGUGUGUAACAGAGUGUUGCUCUGAAAGAGCUGAGUUCAGAGUACACAUCUCUGAAGAGAGAGCAGGGCAGCAGAGAGGACUGGAGCAACACACUCAUCUCACUGAGGGCGCGCUAUGAUGACAUCAGAGCUAAGGUAAACUACCUUUUGUCAGCUAAGAUAGGUAAAAUAUACCCUUAAGGUUACCAAUUUAGGUAGAAGUCACCCUUUUGCACCGAUCUAGGAUCAGCUUAAUAAUCUACUCUCCCUGAAUCCAGAGCCUUACCAUUAGGCAGAAAAUACAAAACGGACCUUAGAUCAGUGUCAAGGAGCAACUUCAUCAUACUCGGAUAAGACCACAGCUCCCUGCUUAGAGUGAUGUUUGUUCAAAGACAUGCAGAAUUAAUUGUAUUGGAAGAGAGCUUUUACGAUAUCAAAAGAGCUGUAUUUGUGGUCAGUGUUUUUGGUUUACUGUAAUGUUUUUUGUUAUUUCCAGUGUAUUUAGUCUAAUGGCUGUGACUCUCCUGACUCUCUCCAGUACAAUGUUCUCCUGAGAAAGAGUCAGACGGAUCUGGACAUAGCUCCUUUAAAGGUGAGGGGGGUGGAGAAUGGUGGUAGUCUGUUGGUCUGGUUUGAUACAUGGUUGUUUGGAGCUAAUAGAAGAUUUGGUGUUGGACUUGUUUUGACUGACAGCUUUUGUAUCCAAUGUCAGGCCAUGCUGUCAUGAUUUGGUUUUGAUUGACUGAUGAUCUGUCCAAUGACACGCCAAGCUGUCAUGUUUUUGUUUUGAUUGACUGAUGCUUGGCUUGUCCAAUGACAAGCCAAGCUGUCAUGAUUUGGUUUUGAUUGACUGAUCAUCUGUCUAAUGGCAGGCCAAGUUGUCAUGUCUGGUGGUGAAGUGCCAGCAGAGGAACAGUCUACUGGUGCAGUUGAUGCGAGCCCUGCGUCGGUAUGGCUGCCUGGACUACAAUCUGACCCAGGAGGCUGAGGACCUGCUUAACGACACAGCACUGCAGGACUACGCCAGCACCUUCACACCCCCAUCCACUGCAGCUCUGCAGGAGAACACCCACCUUUUCCCACCUGCAGCCUCAGAACGACCGGAGCGCUCACAGACCUCUCCUGCAGCAUCCACAGCACAGGUAAGAGUUACAGUAACACAGGAGUUUUCAAACCUCUCCUUGGGGACCCCCAGCGGUUCCAUGUAUUCAAACUAAUCCACAGCUAGUACAUCUGAUUCAACUUGUCAACUAAUCAUCAAGCCCUUGACUACUUGAAUCAGUUGAGUUAGUUCAGGGAAACAACACAAUUGUGAAACGUUUGGGGGUCCCGAGGAGAGGUUUGAAACCCACUGCAGUAACACACCAUACCACUGCACUGAACCACUAACUCAUUUUAGUACAGUGUAAUACAGAAAACAUACCUCACACCAGCUGAAGGGGUUUAUAACAUAACACACCCAUGUAAGGGGUUUCCCAUGUCAUCUCUAAGGGGUUGUGCUCUCUUCCUAGGAGCUGGGUAAAGCUGUGUCUGAAGGCAGUGGGAGGGAACACUUCAGAGUGUGUGUGGCCACAGCAGACUACUGCCCCUCUCCGAACAUGCCUCACACUCUACUGCCAAUGGUAGUCUGAUUUAGAAAUAUUACAACUCUCAGUUUCUGUGGAGCAUCGUAUUGAUGCAUAUAACAACAUUAUAACACAUUAUAUCUUGUUGCUUUAGUGUUGCAUGUCUUAUACAGUAGGCUUAUAUUAUCCACACAUUUCUGUUACAGCUUCCCCUUUCUGCGGGUGAAUCAGUCCAAGUCACUGGACUCCCAGACAGACGUGGGAUGUACCAUGCCGAGGUGAAAGGGGAGUUUGGCCUGGUCCCUGUCCGUUUCUUAGAGGAGAAUGGGAGACCACUCAUCCUGACUCCCCCCUCGCCAGAGAGAUGUGCCAGUCUGACUAGGAAGUUGACCAGUCCGGAGAAGAUCAUCAACCUUCACCAGCAGCUACAGAAGACUCUCUCCAACAGCUACCAGGUAGGCCUAUAGUACAGCUUUAACAAACUCUACGCUACCUACCUGCACACAAGUCAUUUUUUAUUUAUUUAACCUUUAUUUUGACAGGGAGUCAAUGCUGAGACCAGAUGAGCUCUCUAUAGCACCACAAUACACAUCAAAAUACAAUAAACACAUUAAACUACACAUUCAUAUACACAAUAAAAUAAAAAACACACAUGUUAAAUAUUUAGUAACUUUAUUGUUCACAAAGGAAACUUCAGUUGUAGUAGAAUUCAGUACAAAACCAAACAAUGCUAACCUGGCUUGAAGGACCGCAAAUGUAUAUUGUUUAUGCACAAAGUCCCAGUAUAGUCUACACUUCAAUGUCACCCAUUCUUGCCCAUUCUCUCCCUAGGUUUUCCCUUCCAAGACCAGCCCCCAGGUUUACUCCAGUCCCCCUCCAGGCCAGGGGAACUCCCCAGGAUACCCCAACCCUGCUGCCCCCAACCGACCCAAACAUACCCUCAUAACAACUACCCCUAUUAUUAUUACUACUACUACUCCCCUAUCUACCACUGCCCCCACUAGAACUACCAGUGAUGGUGCUACCUCUUCUAAGCAGACCCCAAACAGAGCACAUCCAACUACUAACCCUCCUGUCCACACCACCACCACUGCCCUUAGCAUUAGCAGUGCUAAACAACCCCUCUCUAAAACUGGCUCUACUGCUGCUACCUCCGAUGCUACUACCCCUGUUAAUACCCCUCCUACCGCUAUGGCCCGGACUGUUAAAGCACAAACUACCACUGCCUUGUGGAACACUGCCUCCACCAAAUCUGCCCCUCCAACUAUUACCCCUGAAACUACAGCCCCCACCAAAAUGGCCCCCAUCACUACUGCUCUUCCUCUUGCUGAGUUGUCACAACUGCCUGGUGAGGACCAUUGUAUCAAGAAGCCCCUCUCCAACUGCCAACCUGAACAAGCUAAACCAACCAAACCCAGAGCUAUACCAGGUGCAGUAGCCCACACAAUACACACUGUUGACUGUACACUUGACGGAAAGCACGCGUCUGAUUGUCUUUGGUCCCGCCGCUUUUAGAACCUCCAGCUGAGGUGGGCUCUGUUGAGGUCAUCAGGAUGGUGGGACAGAGCAGCCUCAUGAUUGGUUGGGAGAGACCGCCACUUGAUGAGCUGGGCUGUAGCAACGGAACCUUUGUGUAUGGAUACAGGGUAGGCUGCUCCUCUCGCCUUGGAUACAGUAGAAUGUAAAUAGAGGGUUUGGGUGUUGUUCAUUCUGUGCUCUGUGUAUGUUGUGCUUCUCUCUCUCUCUCUCUCUCUCUCUCUCUCUCUCUCUCUCUCUCUCUCUCUCUGUCUCUGUCUCUGUCUCUGUCUCUGUCUCUGUCUCUCUCUCUCUCUCUAAUUUAAUUUCAAUCUAAUUUAAGGGGCUUUAUUGGCAUGGGAAUCAUAUGUUUACAUUGCCAAAGCAAGUGAAAUAGAUGAUAAACAAAAGUGAAUGAAACAAUAAAAAAAUUAAUAGUAAACAUUACACUCACAGAAGUUCAAAAAUAAUAAAGACAUUUAAAGUGUCAUUAUGUCUAUAUACAGUGUUGUAAUGAUGUGCAAAUAGUUAAAGUAUAAAAAUAAAUCAACAUAAAUAUAGGUUGUAUUUACAAUGGUGUUUGUUCUUCAGUGGUUGCCCUUUUCUUGUUGGAACAGGUCACAAAUUCUGCUGCUGUGAUUGCACACUGUGGUAUUUCACCCAAUAGAUAUGGGAGUUUAUCCAAAUUCUAAUAUGGUCAUACAUUUGGCAGGAGGUUAGGAAGUGCAGCUCAGUUUCCACCUCAUUUUGUGGGCAGCGUGCACAUAGCCUGUCUUCUCUUGAGAGCCAGGUCUGCCUAAGGCGGCCUUUCUCAAUAGGAAGGCUAUGCUCACUAAGUCUGUACAUAGUCAAAUAUUUCCUUAAUUUGGGGUCAGUCACAGUGGUCAGGUAUUCUGCCACUGUGUACUCUCUGUUUAGGGCCAAAUAGCAUUCUAGUUUGCUCUGAUUUUUUGUAAAUUCUUUCCAAUGUGUCAAGUAAUUCUCUUUUUGUUUUCUCAUAAUUUGUUUGUGUCUAAUUGUGUUGCUGUCCUGGGGCUCUGUGGGGUCUAUUUGUGUUUGUGAACAGAGCCCCAGGACCAGCUUGCUUAGGGGACUCUUCUCCAGGUUAAUCUCUCUGUAGGUGAUGGCUUAGUUAUGGAAGGUUUGGGAAUCGCUUCCUUUUAGGUGGUUGUAGAAUUUAAUGGCUAUUUUCUGGAUUUUGAUAAUUAGCGGGUAUCGGCCUAAUUCUGCUCUGCAUGUAUUAUUUGGUGUUUUACAUUGUACACAGAGGAUAUUUUUGCAGAAUUCUGCAUGCAGAGUCUCAAUUUGGUGUUUGUCCCAUUUUGUGAAUUCUUGGUUGGUGAGCGGACCCCAGCUCUCACAACCAUAAAGGGCAAUGGGUUCUAUAACUGAUUCAAGUAUUUUUAGCCAGAUCCUAAUUGGUAUGUCGGAUUUUAUGUUCCUUCUAAUGCAUAGAAGGCCCUUCUUGCCUUGUCUCUCAGAUCAUUCACAGCUUUGUGGAAGUUACCUGUGACGCUGAUGUUUAGGCCGAGGUAUGUAUCGUUUUUUGUGUGCUCUAGGGCAACGGUGUCUAGAUGGAAUUUGUAUUUGUGGUCCUGGCAACUGGACCUUUUUUGGAACAUCAUUAUAUUUGUCUUACUGAGAUUUACUGUCAGGGCCCAGGUCUGACAGAAUCUGUGCAGAAGAUCUAGGUGCUGCUGUAGGCCCUCCUUGGUUGGGGACAGAAGCACCAGAUUAUCAGCAAACAGUAGACAUUUGACUUCAGAUUCUAGUAGGGUGCUGCAGACUGUUCUAGUGCCCUUGCCAAUUCGUUGAUGUAUAUAUGUUGAAGAAGGUGGGGCUUAAGCUGCAUCCCUGUCUCACCCCACGGCCCUGUGGAAAGAAAUGUGUGUGUUUUUGCCUAAUUUUACCGCACAAUUGUUGUUUGUGUACAUACAUUUUAUAAUGUUGUAUGUUUUCCACCCAACACCACUUUCCGUAAAUUUGUACAGCAGACCCUCAUGCCAAAUUGAGUCAAUAGCUUUUUUGAAAUCAACAAAGCAUGAGAAGACUUUGCCUUUUGUUUUGGUUUGUUUGUUUGUCAAUUAGGGUGUGCAGGGUGAAUACGUGGUCUGUUGUACGAUAUUUUGGUAAAAAGCCAAUUUGACCUUUGCUCAGGACAUUGUUUUCACUGAGGAAAUGUAUGAGUCUGUUGUUAAUGUUAAUGCAGAGGAUUUUCCCAAGGUUGCUGUUGAUGCAUAUCUCACGGUAGUUAUUGGGGUAAAAUUUGUCUCCACUUUUAUAGAUUGGGGUGAUCAGUCCUUGGUUCCAAAUAUUGGGGAAGAUGUCAGAGCUAAGGAUGAUGUUAAACAGUUUAGCCAAUUGGAAUUUAAUGGUACAGCCUACCAUUAUCAUUUAAUUGAGGACACCAUCAACACCACAGGCCUUUUUGGGUUGGAGGGUUUGUAUUUUGUCCUGUAGUUCAUUGAAUGUAAUUGGAGAAUCCAGUGAGUUCUGGUAGUCUUUAAUAGUUGAUUCUAAGAUUUGUAUUUGAUCAUGCAUAUGUUUUUGCUGUUUGUUCUUUGUUAUAUGGCCAAAAAGAUUGGAGAAGUGGUUUACCCAUACAUCUCCAUUUUGGAUAGAUAACUCUUCGUGUUGUUGUUUGUUUAGUGUUUUCCAAUUUUCCCAGAAGUGGGUAGUCUAUGGAUUCUUCACUUAUAUUGAGCUGAUUUCUGACGUGCUGUUCCUUCUUUUUCCGUAGUGUGUUUCUGUAUUGUUUUAGUGAUUCACCAUAGUGAAGGCGUAGGCUCAGGUUUUCUGGGUCUGUAUGUUUUUGGUUAGAUAGGUUUCUCCAAUUUCUUUCUUAGGUUUUUGCAUUCUUCAUCAAACCCUUUGUCAUUGUCGUUAGUUUUCUUUGGUUUUCUGUUUGACAUGUUUAGAUCUGAUAGGGAAGCUGAGAGGUCAAAUAUACUGUUUAGGUUUUCCACUGCCAAGUUUACACCUUCACUAUCACAGUGAAAUGUUUUUUCCAGGAAGUUGUCUAAAAGGGCUUAAAUUUGUUGUUGCCUAAUUGUUUUUUUGUAGGUUUCCACACUACUUUCCUUCCAUCUAUAGCAUAUCUUAAUAUUAUUCAGUUCCUUUGGCUUUGAUGCCUCAUGAUUGAGUAUUACUCUGUUCAAGUAGACUGUGAUUUUGCUGUGAUCUAAUAGGGGUGUCAGUGGGCUGACUGUGAACGCUCUGUCUACAGUACUACUGCCAAGAGAUGAGCUAUAGGUGUACCUACCAUAGGAGUCCCCUUGAAGCCUACCAUUGACUAUGUACAGUCGUGGUCAAAAGUUUUGAGAAUGACACAAAUACUAAUUGUCACAAAGUCUGCUGCCUCAGUUUUGAUGAUGGCAAUUUGCAUAUACUCCAGAAUGUCAUGAAGAGUGAUCAGAUGAAUUGCAAUUAAUUGCAAAGUCCCUCUUUGCCAUGAAAAUGAACUUAAUCCCAAAAAACAUUACCACUACAUUUCAGCCCUGCCACAACAGGACCAGCUGCCAUCCUGUCAGUGAUUCUCUCAUUAACACAGGUGAGAGUGUUGACGAGGACAAGGCUGGACAUCACUCUGUCAUGCUGAUUGAGUUAGAAUAACAGACUGGAAGCUUUAAAAGGAGGGUGGUGCUUGAAAUCAUUGUUCUUCCUCUGUUAACCAUGGGUUACCUGCAAGGAAGCAUGUGCCGUCAUCAUUACUUUGCACAAAAAGGGCUUCACAGGCAAGGAUAUUGCUGCUAGUAAGAUUGCACCUAAAUCAACCAUUUAUUGGAUCAUCAAGAACUUCAAGGAGAGAGGUUCAAUUGUUAUGAAGAAGGCUUUCAGGGCGCCCAAGAAAGUCCAGCAAGCGCCAGGACCAUCUCCUAAAGUUGAUUCAGCUGCGGGAUCGGGGCACCACCAGUGCAGAGCUUGCUCAGGAAUGGCAGCAGGCAGGUGUGAGUGCAUCUGCACGCACAGUGAGGCGAAGACUUUUGGAGGAUGGCCUGGUGUCAAGAAGGGCAGCAAAGAAGCCACUUCUCUCCAGGAAAAACAUCAGGGAUAGACUGAUAUUCUGCAAAAGGUACAGGGAUUGGACUGCUGAGGACUGGGGUAAAGUCAUUUUCUCUGAUGAAUCCCCUUUCCAAUUGUUUGGAGCAUCCAGAAAACACCUUGUCUGGAGAAGACAAGGUGAGCGCUACCAUCAGUCCUGUGUCAUGCCAACAGUAAAGCAUCCUGAGACCAUUCAUGUGUGGGGUUGCUUCUCAGCCAAGGGAGUGGGCUCACUCACAAUUUUGCCUAAAAACACAGCCAUGAAUAAAGAAUGGUACCAACACAUCCUCCGAGAGCAACUUCUCCCAACCAUCCAAGAACAGUUUGGUGACGACCAAUACCUUUUCCAGCAUGAUGGAGCACCUUGCCAUAAGGCAAAAGUGAUAACCAAGUGGCUCUGGGAAUAAAACAUCGACAUUUUGGGUCCAUGGCCAGGAAACUCCCCAGACCUUAAUCCCACUGAGAACUUGUGGUCGAUCCUCAAGAGGCGGGUGGACAAACAAAAACCCACAAAUUCUGACAAACUCCAAGCAUUGAUUAUGCAAGAAUGGGCUGCCAUCAGUCAGGAUGUGGCCCAGAAGUUAAUUGACAGCAUGCCAGGGCGGAUUGCAGAGGUCUUGAAAAAGAAGGGUCAACACUGCAAAUAUUCACUCUUUGCAUAAACUUAAUGUAAUUGUCAAUAAAAGCCUUUGACACUUAUGGAAUGCUUGUAAUUAUAAUUCAGUAUACCAUAGUAACAUCUGACAAAAAUAUCUCAUAACACUGAAGCAGCGAACUUUGUGAAGAGCAAUACUUGUGGGCCUCUGUAGCUCAGCUGGUAGAGGACGACGCUUGUAACGCCAAGGUAGUGGGUUCGAUCCCCGGGACCACCCAUACACAAAAAUGUAUGCACGCAUGACUGUAAGUUGCUUUGGACAAAAGCGUCUGCUAAAUGGCAUAUUAUUAUAUUAUAUUAUAUUAUAUAUUAUAUUCUCAAAACUUUUGACCACGACUGUACAUACCAAGCGUGUGACAGAGCUGCAGGAGUUGUGACCCGUUUUUGUUGGUUAUGUUGUCGUAGUUGUGCCUAGGGGGGCAUAUGGGGAAGGGAAUGCUGUCACCUCCAGGUAUGUGUUUAUGCCCAUGUGUGCUGAGGGUGUCAGGUUCUUGUCCAGUUCUGGCAUUUAGGUAGCCACAGACUAGUACAUAUCCCUGGGCCUGGAAAUGAUUGAUUUCCCCCUCCAGGAUGGAGACGCUGUCUUCAUUAAAGAAUGGGGAUUCUAGUGGGGGGAUAUAGGUAGCACACAGGAGGAAAUUUUUCUCUGUUGAGAUAAUUUCCUUUUGAAUUUCUAGCCAAAUGUAAAAUGUUCCUGUUUUGAUUAAUUGAAUAGAGUGAGUUAGGUCUGCUCUAUACCAAACUAGCAUACUCCCUGUUUCACACCUGGUCGUUUGGUGGAUGGGACUACCAGCUCCCUGCAAGCUAGAGGGCAACCAGUGGGUCCAUCUCCUCUAUACCAUGUUUUUUGUAGGAUGACAAUGUCUGUCUUUCUGAUUUCUUUGGUGAAGUCCAGGUUCCUGUUCUUUAGGCCAAAGGCCUUGAAUAUUCCAGGAUGAGAUAGUGAAGGCUUUGUGCUCCAUUAAGUGUCCAGUGUUAGUCGUGUGGUUUGGCCUCAGACCAGUAUGUGUGAGCAGAGCCUGCUGAGCAUCUGGUACAUGCCAUUGGCUUGGGCUAGUGUAAAAGUGGGGGUUGGGCCUGUUUGCCUGCUCAUGACCUGGGCAUAUGUGUGACUUUCAUGUUGAGGCCCUCUUUGCGGGAGUGGGGGGCAUAGGGUGGGCAGGAGGGGCAUAGGUCUGAUCUGAGGGGGCUUAAAUGGGGUGUGGGCAUAGUUGACUUGUGGGGGGGGGCGGGGGUUGAUGUGGUUGGUGGUGCUGUGGUUAGGAUGUAGGUCCUCACGGCGUGGGUCCUCUAUGUGUAGGUCCGGGUGGAGGUUCCGCUGGUCUGGGCAGGGUGUCUGUUGAUAUGUUGCUCCUAUGUGAGGUGUUGGGGCUACGGUUGAGGGCGAUGUCCUUUAGGGUCCGGGCGAAGGUGGGCACUGUUGCCUUGUAUAGGUGGACCUGGUCGUAAAGGCUGUUCAAGUCCAGGGUGGAGUGGUGGGACAGGUAGACAUUUGGUUUUGAGGUACAGUCAUGGGAAAUACUUGCGUUUACCCACUGUAUGGUAGCAGGGUGGAAGUAUUUUUGUGGUAGCAGGGUGGUGGAGAUAACCACUUGUGCAUUGGGGAAAGUAGAAGAAGCUUUUUCAAUCACUCCCUUGAGUGCUGUGGCCACCCUUUCCUGCUGUGUUCUCAGGUCAUUUGUGCCUGUGUGUAUUAUUAUGUGGCUGGGUGACCCAAGUUGGUCCUCAGUCAGAAGGUCUAGGGCACACUGGGUGUUUGGACACCAGAGUUUAGACACUGUGUGUUUGGGAAAAAGUUUAUUUUCUUGUAUGUAUUUCCCAUUUGAGUCCAUGAGGAGUACAAUAUGUGGCUUGUGUAUGUCCUCAGUGGGUGUGGGGGGGUCGUCAGGAGGGCUAUCAAGGGUGGCUGACAGGGGAGUUGCUCAGAGAGGGUGGGAUCCCCUGGGCUUGGGGUUCUUCAUUUAUUUGCCCGGCUGUGAUGUCGAGGCUAUGGUCAGGAUCUGAGGUGGGCUGUUCUGCUGUCUUCUCUGCGGGGGUGGCCAGCUCUCUACUGGGUUGUUCUCUGUCACCCGCCAUCGUUCUCACCUUCUCCUCCAGCACUCUGAUCCUCUCCUCUAGUGCUUUGUUCUUCUCCUGCUCCUGCUCUUUCUCCUGUUGAUGUUGUCUCACCACAGUCCAGAGUGCAGUUAUGUCUCUCUCCACCUCCAGCUCUCCGGGCCUGGUUGAGGGGGUGUUGUUGAGCUGGACAAUUUUUUGUGCUGACUGGAGUGUGUUCACCUGCUGUUCCAGCUCCAUCUGCCUUACCUCCAGCUGGGUGAAUGUGUACUUCAUUUCAAUGAGGGAGUAGUACUCUGUGCUAGGAGGUUGACUUUCCACUUGGGGUUGCUCGUCUGUGGGGUUAUAUAAUGAAGAGGUCUGGUCUGACCCGCUCGGGGUGGGGGUAUCUUUCUCAAGGGAGCGCUUCUCCUGCUGAGGUAUUUCUUUGAUUAGGUGAAAGUCCAGCUGAAACUGUUUGGGGUUGCCCUGUACCAUUACUGUUCCAGACUUAUACAGGUUGACAUUGGCUGACUCAGAGUCCUCAUUGUCUAGUAUCCUGAGUUUCAACCCAUCGCUAACACCCCUCCUCUUAACAGAGGGGUAGUGUGUUAAUAUAGCACUGCGCCAUGCCAGGGGAUUGUAUGGGUGGAAGAUUAAGUUGCUUAUGUUCCAUUUUUAUAAUAGUCAGCAAAAAGUGUUUCUUGAUUUUCCAUAAGGAGGUUCUUUUUGUACUCUUUUCGUGCCUUAUCAUUUUUAACAUCCAGAGGGUACUGUAUGCUAAUAAUCUCUGUGCAGCGGGAGGGGGCUUCAAAGGCCUCUGCAUUUGGGUGGGGUAGGCUGUGGAACUCUCCGGCCAUUGUUGGGCUCAAGGGCUAUGACACCUCUCGCUUCACACCUCAGUGCUAAUUGAAGUUGCAAUCGGAUAUGUACUGUCCUAGCAAGCUUGGUAGCCUUAACUUAGCAUUCAGGCCUUAUAUAUAUAAUAUAUCAUUAUAGUGUAUUUUUCUUCUUGGUUGUAAAAGUAGCUUCGGACUAAACAUUACUCACUCAGUUCCAGGUUGGAUGGGGUUUUCUAUUGUUUGUUUGACAGAGCAUUUGCUGUAUAGAUUGGAAGUAGGAAUCUCUGGUAGUAGGAAUCCUUACAGGUAAUUUUGUCAAAAAUCAGGUUUUAGGAUUGGAGUUUUGAUUUUGGAGUGAAGGUAUCCUGUGUAUGUCCUUGCCAAAAAAUCCAAGUUUAUCUAACUCUAAAUCUAUCUUUUUGUAAAAACAUGCCGAAAAAUGCGGGAGCUCAUCUGCUCAUCUGCUCUCUCUCUCGCUCUCUCUCUCUCUCUCUCUCUCUCUCUCUCUCUCUCUCUCUCUCUCUCUCUCUCUCUCUCUCUCUCUCUCUCUCUCUCUCGCUCUCUCUCUCUAUCUCUCUAGAUCUAUGUAGAAGGGGAAUUCCACAAGUCUGUCAUGAGCUCUGCAUGCACUAAGGUACAGUGUUAAACGGUCCUUUGACAACAUGCUCCUCCUUUCCUCCUCUUUCUUUCUCCUCUUCCUCCCCUCCUGCCCUAAUGAUGUAAUAAUAUGUAUCCCUGUGUGUGGUGUUUCUACGUAUCAUGAGUUGAAUGGUUGAAGAUGACAGUGUGUAUCUGUCCUCUCUCUCAGUGUAUUCUGGAGAAUCUGGAUCUGUCCGUUCCGGUCCACAUCAGUGUUCAGACCCUGGGCUCCAACGGUCUCUACGCAGAGAAGGUCCUCCUCAUCUACAGGGGAAAACACACCCAGUUUAGGAUAGACCACACCCGUGUCAACACAGCUUCUGCUGCUCCCUGCACAGACCCUGCCUACCCAGACUGCAGAACUCCGCCCACACACCGACACAGUGGCUCCACCCAACCAGUGAGUUCUACAGACAUGCCCACUUCCAAAUUGACACACCCACCACGUGAUCACUUUUGCCCUGACCUUGGGGUGCAACUUUCCCAAAAUGUACCCUGGUUUUCAAGAAAUCCUGGUUGGAAGAUUCCUGGAAUUUUGAAGGAAUAAAUAGGAAAUACAGGAAUCCUCCAGACAGGAUUUUGGGAAAUUUAUCGGAAUUUUGCAACCUUACACUGACCCAACCUUUUCACCUUUCAAUAUUUUACUACAGAUUUUCACUCUAGAGUUGAAAGCUUACUCACCAGACUCAGAAACUCAAACAGUCAUGAUGUGUGCCUUUUCAGUUACUGUGUUUCAUUGAAAUCUGCAUGAAAUAAUGAAAUGUGAUCCAUUCAUAAUUCUCUACAUUUACAGUCAUGUGUGUGUGUGUACUCUGUGUGUAUGUGGCGUGCCCUUCAGUUUGUGGCCAUCUAUAACUACAACCCUCUGAGGGACAGUCCUAACCUCCACCCCAGCAGAGAGCUGGCCCUGAGAGAGGGAGACACCGUCAUGCUGCUAGGCAACCCACGCAACGACGGCUUCUGUCAGGCCGAGGUGGGCCAAUCAACAACAUCCAGGCAGCAGUCAUUUACCAAUGAACUUUCAGCAUCAGCUUGUAGCUUGUACCUCUUUAUAUCAGAUCAUCAGGUGUAUGUACAUUGAACAGAUCUGUGUCUGAGAUAUUGAACAGACUACUAUCUAAACAGACUACUAUCUAAACAGACUACUAUCUAAACAGACUACUAUCUAAACAGACUACUAUCUAAACAGACUAUUAUCUAACAGACUACUAUCUAAACAGACUAUUAUCUAACAGGCCACUAUCUAAACAGACUACUAUCUAAACUGUGUGUUGCAGAUGAGUGCUACUGUAGAUAGCUUGCUGAGUGACUGUGUGUUUCAGGUGAAUGGCAGACGAGGUCUGGCUCCUGUGGCGUUCCUAGAGGAAGUUCCUGUUCCAGACAGACAUGUAAGCCCCGCCCCUCCCCAAUAUCCUCCUGAGAGAGGACCAGGUGAUAGGCCACUGUGACUGCCAAUCAGAGAGAGAACAAGAUGAUAGGCCACUGUGACUGCCAAUUAGAGAGAGGACAAGAUGAUUGCCCACUGUGACUGCCAAUCAGAGAAUGCUUCCCCACAGAGAGAUUAUAGUGGCCAGCGUUAAUGACAUCAUUAAACACUACCUGCCUGUGACACAAAUGUUUCAUAAGUGCUCCCUGCCCAAAGUCAUUUCAAAUGGAAGACUACAGUAGAGCACCAGCCUAAAUGUUGGAAGGACAUAUGUGUGUGGCCCAGUUUGACAUUGUGCUUCGAUGGACAGUUGCUUAUAGCCUACAUCAUGCUCACUGAGAUUGUGUCGAAUCAUCUCUAACUGUGCUUAAAAAUCCCCACUGUUCUGUGUGUAACCUCUCGUGGACAGACACACGUAACAUAACUGGUAUCGUAACGCCUGUCAACAGACUGUGGGAUGCGACGACUAACAAGGAACUUUGUUCCGAUGUGCAGAUUUUUCAUCACUGAUCAUUUUGGACAAAUCCGAUUUCGCAUCUUUCGAAUUUCGGAAGGGGAGGGGACAUUUGGCCCGUAGACUUGCCUGUAACUUGUAAAGGGGGGUGGAGCUACUGCCCUGCUUCCGCUACUUGCUCUAGUCUCUUUUUGAACACAUCUGCCCCCAGAACUUAAUCGAGUAUCUGACGCAAUUACGCAAGAUUGUAAUUCUGGGUUUCCAAGAUUAUUCUGUAUGUGACAAGUGUCAAAAAUGUCAAAGGUGGGCCUAAAGGAUGUGACAACCUGUCUGACAACCUGUCUAAUAUCAAGUGAUAGUGGGUUACAUGGUAAUAAAGCAAGGCCAUUUUACUGGAUCUUUUAUCAAGCCAAAUAUGAAAAAAGGAGGUCCAUACCAAAGACUUUGAUAUUUCAGUUCCUUGUCUUUAUACACUGAACAAAAAUAUAAACGCAAUAUGUAAAGUGUUGGUCCCAUGUUUCAUGAGCUGAAAUAAAAGAUCACAGAAAUGUUCCAUACACAAAAAUUCUCUCAAAUUUUGUGCACAAAUUUGUUUACAUCCCUGUUAGUGAGCAUUUCUCUUUUGGCAAGCUAAUCCAUCCACCUGACAGGUGUGGCAUAUCAAGAAGCUGAUUAAACAGCAUGAUCCUUACACAGGUGCACCUUGUGCUGGGGACAAUAAAAGGCCACUCUAAAAUGUGAAAUUUUGUCACACAACACAAUGCCACAGAUGUCUCAAGUUUUGAGGGAGCGUGCAAUUGGCAUGCUGAUUGAAGGAAUGUCCACCAGAGCUGUUGCCAGAGAAUUGAAGGUUCAUUUCUCUACCAUAAGCCACCUCCAACAUUGUUUUAGAGAAAUUGGCAGUACGUCCAACCGGCCUCACAACCGCAGACCACGUGUAACCACGCCAGCCCAGGACCUCCACAUCCAGCUUCUUCCCCUGCAGGAUCAUCUGAGACCAGCCACCCGGACAGCUGAUGAAAGUGUGGGCAUGCACAACCAAAUAAUUUCUACACAAACUGUCAGAAACCGUCUCAGGGAAGCUCAUCUGCAUGAACGUCGUCCUCACCAAGGUCUUGACCUGACAGCAGUUUGGCGUCGCUGGAGAAGUUUGCUCUUCACGGAUGAAUCCCGGUUUCAACUGUACCGAGCAGAUGGCAGAUAGAGUGUAUGGCGUUGUGUGGGCGUGCAGUUUGCUGAUGUCAACGUUGUGAACAGAGUGCCCCGUGGUGGCGCUGGGGUUAUGGUAUGAGCUGUCAUAAGCUACAGACAACGAACACAAUUGCAUUUUAUCGAUGGCAUUUGCAUGCACAGAGAUACCGUGACGAGAUCCUGAGGCCCAUUGUUGUGCCAUUCAUCCGCCGCCAUCAUCUCAUGUUUCAGCAUGAUAAAGCACGGCCCAAUGUCGCAAGGAUCUGUACACAAUUCCUGGAAGUUGAACAUUUCCCAGUUCUUCCAUGGCCUGGAUAUUCACCAGACAUGUCACCCAUUGAGCAUGUUUGGGAUGCUCUGGAUUGACGUGUACGACAGCGUGUUCCAGUUCCCGCCAAUAUCCAGCAAUUUUGCACAGCCAUUGAAGAGGUGUGGGACAAAAUUCCACAGGCCAAAAUCAACAUCCUGAUCAACUCUAUGCAAAGGAGAUGUGUAGCACUGCAUGAGGCAAAUGGUGGUCAUACCAGAUACUGACUGGUUUUCUGAUCCACGCCCCCAUCUUUUUUUGAAGGUAUCAGUGACCAACAGAUGCAUAUCUGUAUUUCCAUAGAUUAGGGCCUAUUGAAUUUAUUUAAAUUGACUGAUUUCCAGUAAAAUCAUAGAAAUUGUUGCAUGUUGCAUUUAUAUUUUUGUUCAGUGUAUUUACAAAAGUCAAUCAUGGUUGUUCAUCAAAUCAUAAAUUUGAUUGAAGUUUGAGAUGUUCUUCUACUGUAGAAUCUAAUCACUCUAUGAAGUCAUGUCAUUCAGAUGGAUAGAAGUUUAUCACUGAUAUAUAUAUUUUUAGAUUAUUAAAGAACCUGAGUUAUGCCAUUGGGAUGUACAGUACUUUAUGUGUGCCUGUGGGUAUCAAUCUCCUUUCAUUUCCUCAGUCUCUGUCUAACUGAAGUUAAUAACGUUUUACUUUUCCGUUCUGAUCUGAAAUAGAGAAAAUACAUUCUGUGUGAGACACGUGACUACUUGUCCUUCCUCUGAUUGUGGGAACGGCCAUGUGGCCACAAAUGUAUUUUUAUAUCACUGUGCAUAUGAUGUAAUUAGAUUUCCUAAUGAUUUAUUUAGACUGUAUUAAGAUAAUAAAUGUUUAGAUGACAUCACAUAUAGUAGCAUGUCCUGUAUUUUCUGGAUUAUACUGCGAUGUACUACCUUAAAUUUUCCACAAGAUGGCAGUCAUUGCAAAUUUGCCAGCAUGUUACUCUCAAUAGCCAAAUAAAUACUCACCAUAGAAAUUCUAUACACAUUCUAUUUGUCUGUGCUUUUUACAGGUGUUAUUGCUGUGAUGGCAUUGAAAUAAUUGAUAUCAAAACUCCCACUGUGUGUUGCGUACAAACACUUACAUGUAGAUAUGUUAGGGAAAACUCACACACACACACACACACACACACACACACACACACACACACACACAAGCAUUGGAGGCAAGAGUGGCUUAAUAACCACCUGCUGUGGUCUGCUGCUGUGUGAAUUCCUCAUAGAGUAAAACCCCACAGCUCAGCAGAAAGAAAGUGUUUGUGUGAAUGGGGAGAGUGGCUCAAUAGUCCCUAAACACAGAGGAGAUAAGAACACAUCCUCAAACCCAAACACGAACAAAUGCACAGUUGGACGACCACAGAAAGGAGUCCUAUGAGGGCCUGCUGAACUGCAGCAUACAUUUUUUGACUUAAAAAUUAAUUAUAUAUACCUAUUGAUUCUUGAAUGAUAUAACUUUGAAAUUCCUCAUGAGCUUAGUUCAAGACUAGUGCAGCUGUCUGUAGAGCUGUCCACUCCACUGUUGCAGCCUAGAGAGAAACCAUAGACCCUGGAGACACUUAUUACACACACACACACACACACACACACACACACACACACACACACACACACACACACACACACACACACACACACACACACACACACACACACACACACACACACACACACAUCCCACACUCCUAGCACAGGGUGUGUUUGAAGGUUGUUGUUUACAGGCUGUUUACUCCCUGUAUGGAGACUACUGUAGUGAAAACCACAGGGUCGUAACGUUGUCUUUAUAAAACACACCCGGGACAACAGAGCAGUGUAGAACCCUCUUCUACUGGAGUUAAUGACCUACAUAUUAGUGUACUGAAGGCUGAUUUAUUGAAGACAUGCUUGUUAUUCACUUCAUGUUGGUCAGUUGAUAAUCUUACAGGAUGGCAGAGAGAGAUGAGGAGGAGAAAUUGGUGGCGAUAUGGAUUAAUUGAGUUGUGUACGCUUCACUACUCAUGCAAAACCUUGUGCAUGUGUUUGUACAGUGGGGAAAAAAAGUAUUUAGUCAGCCACCAAUUGUGCAAGUUCUCCCACUUAAAAAGAUGAGAGGCCUGUAAUUUUCAUCAUAGGUACACGUCAACUAUGACAGACAAAUUGAGAAAAAGAAAUCCAGAAAAUGACAUUGUAGGAUUUUUUAUGAAUUUAUUUGCAAAUUAUGGUGGAAAAUAAGUAUUUGGUCACCUACAAACAAGCAAGAUUUCUGGCUCUCACAGACCUGUAACUUCUUCUUUAAGAGGCUCCUCUGUCCUCCACUCGUUACCUGUAUUAAUGGCACCUGUUUGAACUUGUUAUCAGUAUAAAAGACACCUGUCCACAACCUCAAACAGUCACACUCCAAACUCCACUAUGGCCAAGACCAAAGAGCUGUCAAAGGACACCAGAAACAAAAUUGUAGACCUGCACCAGGCUGGGAAGACUGAAUCUGCAAUAGGUAAGCAGCUUGGUUUGAAGAAAUCAACUGUGGGAGCAAUUAUUAGGAAAUGGAAGACAUACAAGACAACUGAUAAUCUCCCUCGAUCUGGGGCUCCACGCAAGAUCUCACCCCGUGGGGUCAAAAUGAUCACAAGAACGGUGAGCAAAAAUCCCAGAACCACACGGGGGGACCUAGUGAAUGACCUGCAGAGAGCUGCGACCAAAGUAACAAAGCCUACCAUCAGUAACACAUAACACACUACGCCGCCAGGGACUCAAAUCCUGCAGUGCCAGACGUGUCCCCCUGCUUAAGCCAGUACAUGUCCAGGCCCGUCUGAAGUUUGCUAGAGUGCAUUUGGAUGAUCCAGAAGAGGAUUGGGAGAACGUCAUAUGGUCAGAUGAAACCAAAAUAGAACUUUUUGGUAAAAACUCAACUCGUCGUGUUUGAAGGACAAAGAAUGCUGAGUUGCAUCCAAAGAACACCAUACCUACUGUGAAGCAUGGGGGUGGAAACAUCAUACUUUGGGGCUGUUUUUCUGCAAAGGGACCAGGAUGAGUGAUCCGUGUAAAGGAAAGAAUGAAUGGGGCCAUGUAUCGUGAGAUUUUGAGUGAAAACCUCCUUCCAUCAGCAAGGGCAUUGAAGAUUAAACGUGGCUGGGUCUUUCAGCAUGACAAUGAUCCCAAACACACCGCCCGGGCAACGAAGGAGUGGCUUCGUAAGAAGCAUUUCAAGGUCCUGGAGUGGCCUAGCCAGUCUCCAGAUCUCAACCCCAUAGAAAAUCUUUGGAGGGAGUUGAAAGUCCGUGUUGCCCAGCGACAGCCCCAAAACAUCACUGCUCUAGAGGAGAUCUGCAUGGAGGAAUGGGCCAAAAUACCAGCAACAGUGUGUGAAAACCUUGUGAAGACUUACAGAAAACGUUUGACCUGUGUCAUUGCCAACAAAGGGUAUAUAACAAAGUAUUGAGAAACUUUUGUUAUUGACCAAAUACUUAUUUUCCACCAUAAAUUUGCAAAUCAAUUCAUAAAAAAUCCUACAAUGUGAUUUUCUGGAUUUUUUUUCCUCAUUUUGUCUGUCAUAGUUGACGUGUACCUAUGAUGAAAAUUACAGGCCUCUCUCAUCUUUUUGAUGUGGGAGAAGUGGGAGAACUUGCACAAUUGGUGGCUGACUAAAUACUUUUUUUCCCCACUGUAUGUACAGUGCCUUCAGAAAGUAUUCACACCCCUUGACCUUUUCCACAUGUUGUUGUGCUACAGACUGAAUUUAAAAUUGAUUAAAUUGAGAUUGUGUGUCACUGGCCUACACUAAAUACCCCAUAAUGUCAAAGUGGAAUUAUGUUUUUAUAAAUAUUUACAAAUUAAUAAAACAUUUAAAGCUGAAAUGUCUUUAGUCAAUAAGUAUUUAACCCCUUUGUUAUGGCAAGCCUAAAUAAGUUCAGCGGUAAAAUUGUGCUUAACAAGUCACAUAAUGAGUUGCAUGGACUCACUCUGUGUGCAAUAAUAGUGUUUAACAUGAUUUUUGAAUGACUACCUCAUCUCUGUACCCCACACAUACAAUUAUCUGUAAGGUCCCUCAGUCGAGCAGUGAAUUUCAAACACAGAUUCAACCUCAAAGACCAGGGAGGUUUUCCAAUGCCUCGCAAAGAAGGACACCUAUUGGUAGAUGGGUAAAAAAAAAGCAGACAUUGAAUAUCCCUUUGAGUACAGUGGCUUGCGAAAGUAUUCACCCCCAAUGGCAUUUUUCCUAUUUUGUUGCCUUACAACCUGGAAUUAAAAUUGAUUUUUUGGGGGGUUUGAAUCAUUUGAUUUACACAACAUGCCUACCACUUUGAAGAUGCAAAAUAUUUUUUCUUGUGAAACAAACAAGAAAUAAGACAAAAAAACAGAAAACUUGAGCAUGCAUAACUACUCACCCCCCCAAAGUCAAUACUUUGUAGAGCCACCUUUUGCAGAAAUUACAGCUGCAAGUCUCUUAGUGUAUGUCUCUAUAAGCUUGGCACAUCUAGCUACUGGGAUUUUUGCCCAUUCUUCAAGGCAAAACUGCUCCAGCUCCUUCAAGUUGGAUGGGUUCCGCUGGUGUACAGCAAUCUUUAAGUCAUACCACAGAUUCUCAAUUGGAUUGAGGUCUGGGCUUUGACUAGGCCAUUCCAAGACAUUUAAAUGUUUCCCCUUAAACCACUCGAGUGUUGCUUUAGCAGUAUGCUUAGGGUCAUUGUCCUGCUGGAAGGUGAACCUACGUCCCAGUCUCAAAUCUCUGGAAGACUAAAACAGGUUUCCCUCAAGAAUUUCCCUGUAUUUAGCGCCAUCCAUCAUUCCUUCAAUUCUGACCAGUUUCCCAGUCCCUGCCGAUGAAAAACAUCCCCACAGCAUGAUGCUGCCAGCACCAUGGUGUUCUCGGGGUGAUGAGAGGUGUUGGGUUUGCACCAGACAUAGCGUUUUCCUUGAUGGCCAAAAAGCUCAAUUUUAGUCUCAUCUGACCAGAGUACCUUCUUCCAUAUGUUUGGGGAGUCUCCCACAUACCUUUUGGCGAACACCAACGUGUUUGCUUAUUUUUUCUUUAAGCAAUGGCUUUUUUCUGGCUACUCUUCCGUAAAGCCCAGCUCUGUGGAGUGUAUGGCUUAAAGUGGUCCUAUGGACAGAUACUCCAAUCUCCGCUGUGGAGCUUUGCAGCUCCUUCAGAGUUAUCUUUGGUCUCAUUGUUGCCUCUCUGAUUAAUGCACUCCUUGCCUGGUCCGUGAGUUUUGGUGGGCGGCCCUCUCUUGGCAGGUUUUGUCCCUGACCUGUUUGGAGAGGUCCUUAGUCUUCAUGGUGCUGCUUACUUGUAGUUAAUCCACAAUACUAACCUAAAUGACAGGAUGCAUGUUUGGGAAUAAAAAUAUUCCUAAACAUGCAUCCUGUUUGCAAUAAGGCACUAACUGCAGAAAAUGUGGCAAGGAAAUUAACUUUAUGUCCUGAAUAUAAAGUGUUAUGUUUGGGGCAAAUCCAACACAACACAUCACUGAGUACCACUCUUCAUAUUUUCAAGCAUUGUGGUGGCUGCAUCAUGUUAUGGGUAUGCUUGUCAUCGGCAAGAAUUAGGGAGUUUUUUUGGGAUAAAAAGAAACGGAAUAGAGCUAAGCACAGGCAAAAUCCUAGUGGAAAACCUGCUUCAGUCUGCUGUCCAAUAUGUUUUUACUUUGUCAUUACUGGGUAUUCAUUUUGAAUUCAAUCAAGGGGUAUUAAUACUUUCUGAAGGCACUGUAGGUUUGUGUGUGUGUGUCUGCUUGUCAGUGACUGCAACAUCUGGGCCCCGGCCCCACUAGGGAUUCUGGGACAUGCUGUGUGACGCAGACAGACACCUCUGGAACCUUCCUCACAGCGUGUGUGUGUUUAUCUGCACAUGUGUGAAAGUAUGUUUAUAUGAAUGAGAGCAUAUCUUUGUCAAUUACAGUGUGUGUGUGUGUGUGUGUGUAGCAGGGCAGACAUACAGCUGUCAGCAGGGUGCCCCCAGGAGAGGAAGAAGAGGGGGAUGAGGAGGAGGGGAGGUAUAUGGUGGGGGGAUGUAGGUCCCACAGGGACUCCAUCAAACCCAAAGUGAUGUGUCCCGAGGGGGAUAUGGAGACUGAGUGUCUGGAGCGCCAGUUCAAACCCUCCAGCCAGAGCUCGCUGCUCACACCCAGCAGUCCAGCUCCCAAA